UCCUUUUUAAUUUCCCUUUUUCUUUUUAUAAAAUUUAUUUAUUUAUUUAUUGUUAAAUAUUUGUCUAUAUAAAUAAACACCUCUUGUAUGCAAUUUUGCCCACCACUUUCACUUUGUUUUCUUACAAAAUCAGAGUUGUUAAACUCAUCCUCGGCCAGAGCUCCUCUGUUUUCUCCAUUCUUCUUCUUCAACUUCCUUCUCUUAAAAAGGUAAAAAGACAAAAUGGAGAGAUUGAACUCAGAAUUGUAUUUGCAAAACUGUUACAUAAUGAAAGAGAAUGAGAGGCUAAGGAAGAAAGCACAGAAACUGAAUCAAGAAAACCAGCAACUUCUCUCAGAAAUAAAACAGAGAAUUACAAACAAAGGAGGAAAACAGAGCAACACCAACAACAACAAUAACUCUGUUUCUGAUCAAUUCACUCUCUGUUGCUCAACUUCUUCCCCAAAUCAUCAUCAGUCAAGCAAUUAGCAUUUUCUAUAAAUGGAAGCAUCCUUUUGGGCCCCACACCACCUCAACUCACUUCUUUUUUCUUUUUUUUUUUUCCUUUUUUUUUUUGUGAAAAUUCCUAAAAUACUAGUAGUAGUUGUAGUGGAGGUAGCUGUUUUAUCAGUUGUAGUUUUUUUUUUUUUUUUCAUAGGGUAAAAAAAAGAAAAAAAAAAAAGGUGGAAGCAUAAAUUAUAUUUUUGCGGAAGGGCAGUUUGUUGUAGGAAUAUAUUCUAUCUCAAUCUGUUUUGUUGGUGGGUGAUGGACUGAUGGUGUAUUAACUUUGGCUAAUAUUGGAAUAUAAUUACUCUUAUUUACUACUCUA